GAAAUACACAUGUAGCAAGGAAGGGGAGGGCUGUAAGAGUUUAGAGAAAGGAAUAAUAAUUAUAGGAGCCUGAGCUGCAGCUAGAGCUGGAAUAUGACGGUAGGAGAAUGGCAGGGAAUCAGCGGCUGCUACUAGAUAGUUCUGGGGAGCUCACACAGAGUGCAGAUGACGACUGCCUUCUAGAUGCCCCUCUUCUGCCAUCUCAGAAGCUGAUGUCUGAGAUCAAGCCAAGUUUCCAGCCUGUUCCUACCGUCUGUGUUUCCAUUCUACUCCAGCUUGUGCAAGUGUCCUACGUAAGUUUGUCAUUUGUAGCUGCUCUGUUCUGCGCUAAAGAAACAGAGAAAUGCAAGCCAUAUAUUAAGCCAUUCCAGAUUCAAACUAUUGUGAUCAUCUCUAAAGUAAUACUCUGGAUGUUUCAUGUGCUUAAUGAGAGAUUUCUCCAAUAUCACCAUCGAAAAGUUAAAAGUAGAGGCUACCUUAACCUGUAUCGGUCCACAGAGUAUCUUAAAAGAUUUCCUCUACUUAUACAGUCAACAGGCAAUGCGGCUUUACUUGUGAUUAUCUCCGCCCAGGAUUCCUUUGAUGGCAGCGGUUACCUAUACAUCUACCUCAUUCUGAGUGUCCUGGGACUGGAACUUAUCAUUUCCCUUGUGUUUGUAACAAUUUACACAGUGAGAAUACAAAGAUUUAACAGUACUAUGCCCAGCCCAGAUAUAAUUGAAGAAGAGAAGAUUCAUGCCUACGAAAGGCAUGUCAAUCCAGAAAUUGGAUUCAGGGAAAGAGCGAGUUUAGAAGAUGUCGUAGAAAAACAAGGUGAUGUGAUAGAAUAUCUUCAGCAUCACAACGCAUUGCUGAGUAAGCAGCUGCUGGCAGCAACACCACAGCAAAGUUAGGACGACAACUCCUGGGAAAUCCUGUAGUCUCUCUUCUUUCCUCUGAAGACCAUAUACAUGUACUACUGUGACUCUUCGUGGAAUUUGUUUCCAUGUUGCUUAAUAUUUAUAUAAAGAUAAUUGCACUGAGAUUUUUUUUUUCUUACUUGCAAAGAAUAAAGAAACUCUAUUUACACAU